UAUAUAUAUAUAUAUAUAUAUAUUGUUUUAUUUUAUUUUAUUAUAAAAAAGAAAAGGCAAAGUUGUGGUUGUAUAACUCCCCCAUAAAAUCCCUCUAAAUUCUUCUUUUCCAUUUUCACUUAAAUCUCAAUAUGGCUACCAAAGUUUAUAUUGUAUAUUAUUCAACGUAUGGGCACGUGGAGAAACUAGCAGAGGAGAUAAAGAAAGGGGCGGCAUCUGUUGAAGGAGUUGAAGCUAAAUUGUGGCAAGUACCUGAAACGCUGUCGGAAGAGGUGCUAGCGAAAAUGAGUGCACCUCCAAAGAGUGAUGUGCCUAUUAUAACACCUCAAGAACUUGCUGACGCCGAUGGUUUCGUUUUUGGAUUCCCUACAAGGUUUGGAAUGAUGUCCGCUCAGUUUAAAGCAUUCCUUGAUGCAACUGGAGGUCUAUGGAGAACACAACAACUCGCCGGCAAGCCUGCAGGCAUAUUCUAUAGCACUGGAUCCCAAGGCGGUGGUCAAGAAACAACACCGUUGACUGCGAUAACUCAGCUUGUUCAUCAUGGUAUGAUCUUUGUCCCUAUCGGAUACACAUUCGGCGCUGGCAUGUUUGAAAUGGAGAAUCUGAAAGGCGGAAGUCCGUAUGGUGCUGGAACAUUCGCGGGCGAUGGCUCUCGACAGCCUUCUGAGCUCGAAUUGCAGCAGGCAUUUCACCAAGGUAAAUACAUCGCCGCAAUCACCAAGAAACUCAAGAGUGCAGCCUAAGUUCUGCAAAAAAUAUUCUUCACAUUCAUACAUAUCCUCAAAAUUUUUUUACAUAAAUUUAUCUUUAUGAUUGUUAAAGUAUACUUUUUUUUUUAAAUGGGGUAUGUAAUUUGUAUGUAUUUGUGUAAUUGUGUGUAUCAAAAGUAUCAUAUUAUGUUUAAUGGUUGCAAAUACAACACAACUUGAAUAUUGUUUAUAGUGACUAUUGAUUUAAUGUAAUAUAAAUUUACACCUUAA